AUAAUCAGCAUAUAUUCAUUUUUUAACACAUGGAUGAAACAAACUUCGAAUCAGAUAUUUCAACGAAUAUUGAUCUGUCAGGAGAUAUUCAAAACUCUACUGAUGUUAUCAAACCAAAAUUUGACACAUUAAAUGAACCAGUUUCAACUACGAUUAUGCGAGAUUUAAAAGCUAUUGGAGUAAAAUUUUAUCACGUUUUUAUUCCUAAAAAAAGUCAAGCUUUGCUCAAAGAUUGGGAUUUAUGGGGACCAUUGAUGCUAUGCAUAUAUCUAUCAUUGAUUCUACAAAAUGAUAAAAAAUAUACAAAUGAUUAUAUGGAAGAAAUUACUAAAAAUGAUACAGGUAAAAAUAAUGUCAAAGUAACACAACUCUCAGGAAGGGGUCCUCAAUUUGUUGAAGUGUUUGUUUUAACUUGGUUUGGUUCUCUACUUAUUACAAUAAAUUCAAAGCUACUAGGAGGAACUUUAUCAUUUUUUCAAUCGCUUUGCAUUCUGGGCUAUUGCUUGUUACCCUUAGCCGUGUCGUUAACCAUAUUAGAAUUUUUCCUCAUACUUUUCCCUUUGGCCUUCAAAAGGAAUUUGAUGUUUUUCUUGAUUCGUUUGGUGAUCGUCACCUUGGGAUUCGGGUGGUCCUGUUUCGCAUCAGUGGCUUUUUUAGCUGACAGUCAACCUCCGAAAAAGCGGGCCUUGUGUUUAUAUCCAAUUUUCCUGUUUUACUUUCUCAUUGGUUGGAUGAUUUUAUCACAUUCCUAAUUGUCAAGUCAAAAAUUUAUGAUAAUUCUUUUUGUAUCUAAAACGUGAUAUCGACGAUUAUACACAAUUAACCAAAGUUGAAUUUGGGGAUAUGAUUUUUAAUAGGGAAUGGAAGUUUUUCUUAAAAUGUUCUCAUUUGGUAUUAGCAAUUUAUUUAUUUUAUUGAUUAUGAAUUAACUGAUUAUUGUAUUAUAGUUAAUUUUGCGUUAUUUAUAUAAUACUUAUUUAAAAUUUUAAUAAAUUAUUGGGGCUCAU